CGCUCCCGGGCGGGGGCGGGGCCGGGGCGGAGCAGCGGUGGGCCCCGGCAGUCGGUAGGAUCGGGCCUGGGGGUCCUCCCCCUGGCCACCGCACCACUGACCUUGAACGCAAAAGGCUCGGCUGGGGUGUUGCCACCCACGCCCGAAACCCAGUUCCUCGCUUCUCCCGCGGGGCUGCCAGAGCGCCAGCCCCGUUCCCGCCCCCGCGCCUUCCAGCCGCAUGAAACUCUGGAUGUUUUCCAGUCAUACUUUGAUUCUAUCAUUUUUGUAAGAUCGGACCUACGACCGCCGGGCUCCAUCCCAAGAACUGACGGAGACUGUGAGUGCUUGGGAACGAGGCCCGUUUGGCAGCCGCAGCCCAGGCGUCCCACCUCCUCGUAGCAGGUCGAGCGCCGCGGCCCCGGGAGCGUCGCGGAGAUGAGGAGCAGGAGCAAUUCCGGGGUGCGCUUGGACGGUUACGCGAGGCUGGUUCAGCAAACCAUCCUGUGUUACCAGAAUCCUGUCACAGGGCUGCUGUCCGCCAGUCAUGAGCAGAAGGAUGCCUGGGUGCGGGAUAACAUCUACAGCAUCCUGGCCGUGUGGGGCCUGGGCAUGGCCUACCGCAAGAAUGCCGACCGUGACGAAGACAAGGCCAAGGCCUACGAGUUGGAGCAGAACGUGGUGAAACUCAUGCGGGGUCUUCUCCAGUGCAUGAUGAGACAGGUGGAUAAAGUGGAGAAGUUCAAGCACACUCAGAGUACCAAGGACAGCCUGCAUGCCAAGUACAACACUGCCACGUGCAGCACCGUCGUGGGCGACGACCAGUGGGGCCACCUCCAGGUGGAUGCCACCUCCCUUUUCCUCCUGUUCCUGGCCCAGAUGACUGCCUCAGGUUUACGUAUUAUUUUCACCCUCGAUGAAGUGGCCUUUAUACAGAAUCUUGUUUUUUAUAUAGAAGCUGCAUAUAAAGUUGCUGAUUAUGGAAUGUGGGAACGUGGCGACAAGACCAACCAGGGCAUUCCAGAAUUGAAUGCAAGCUCUGUAGGAAUGGCCAAGGCAGCACUUGAAGCAAUUGAUGAACUGGAUCUUUUUGGAGCCCAUGGAGGACGCAAGUCAGUGAUCCAUGUCCUGCCCGAUGAGGUUGAACACUGCCAGUCUAUUCUGUUCUCCAUGCUGCCAAGAGCAUCGACAUCUAAAGAGAUUGACGCUGGACUUCUUUCUAUUAUUUCUUUCCCGGCCUUUGCAGUGGAAGAUAUGAACCUUGUGAAUGUGACCAAAAAUGAAAUUAUUUCCAAGCUCCAGGGGCGUUAUGGAUGCUGUCGCUUCCUUCGAGAUGGUUAUAAAACCCCAAGAGAGGACCCAAACCGAUUGCAUUAUGACCCUGCUGAACUCAAGCUCUUUGAAAACAUUGAAUGUGAAUGGCCUGUGUUCUGGACGUAUUUCAUAAUUGAUGGCGUCUUCAACGGUGACGCUGUUCAGGUCCAAGAAUACAGAGAGGCCCUGGAGGGAAUAUUAAUCAGGGGCAAGAACGGGAUACACCUGGUGCCAGAACUCUACGCCAUCCCGCCUAACAAGGUGGACGAAGAGUAUAAAAAUCCUCACACGGUGGACAGAGUUCCUCUGGGGAAGCUGCCCCAUCUGUGGGGUCAGUCCUUGUACAUCCUCAGCUCACUCUUGGCAGAGGGAUUCCUUGCCACUGGGGAAAUUGACCCCUUAAAUAGAAGAUUUUCCACUUCUGUCAAACCUGAUGUCGUAGUACAAGUUACCGUUCUGGCAGAAAACAACUACAUUAAGGACUUAUUGAGGAAGCAUGGGAUAGACGUCCAGAGUAUUGCUGACAUUCACCCAAUCCGAGUCCAACCAGGCCGGAUCCUCAGUCACAUAUAUGCCAAGCUUGGACGGAAUAAGAAUAUGAAAUUGAGUGGACGACCAUAUCGGCACAUCGGCGUCCUUGGAACAUCUAAACUAUAUGUGAUUAGGAACCAAAUAUUUACUUUCACACCUCAGUUCACUGACCAGCAUCACUUCUACCUGGCCCUGGACAACGAGAUGAUCGUGGAGAUGCUGAGGAUCGAGCUGGCUUACCUGUGCACCUGCUGGCGGAUGACGGGCAGACCCACGCUCACCUUCCCAAUCACGCACACCAUGCUCACAAAUGAUGGCUCAGACAUUCAUCCUGCAGUUCUUUCUACAAUUAGGAAACUAGAGGAUGGAUAUUUUGGAGGAGCUAGAGUAAAAUUAGGGAGCCUUUCGGAAUUUCUCACCACAUCUUUCUACACGUAUCUGACCUUCCUGGAUCCAGACUGUGAUGAGAAGUUGUUUGAUGAUGAUGCCAGCGAAGGGAGCUUCAGUCCUGAUAGCGAUUCAGAUUUGGGAGGAUAUUUGGAAGAGACCUACACUCGAGGAAUAGUUACAGAAAGCCAGGACGAACUUGACCAGUAUAUCAACCACCUCCUGCAAAGCACAUCCUUGAAGUGCUACCUGCCCCCUCUCCGUAAGAAGACUGCAGAAGACAGCCAUGUCUUCAGUGCCAUCCACUCCACUCGGGAUAUACUUUCUGUGAUGGCAAAAGCAAAGGGUUUGGAAAUUCCCUUUGUUCCCAUGACUUUGCCAACUAAAGUUCUAAAUACCCACCGUAAAUCACUGAAUCUUGUUGAUUCUCCUCAGCCACUCCUAAAACAGGGCCAGACCCCUGAGGAUGACUUCCAGUGGCCCAGAGACGACCAUGGUGAUGUGGACUGCGAGAAGCUGGUUGAGCAGCUGAAAGACUGUUCGAACCUACAGGACCAGGCAGACAUUCUGUACAUUCUGUAUGUAAUAAAGGGCCCCCGCUGGGACACAAAUCUCUCAGGACAGCAUGGGGUCACAGUUCAAAACCUCCUCAGUGAGCUCUACGGAAAAGCCGGCCUGAACCAGGAGUGGGGUUUGAUUCGCUACAUCUCUGGCCUGCUCAGGAAGAAAGUGGAGGUCCUGGCCGAGGCCUGCACGGACCUGCUGUCACACCAGACGCAGCUCACAGUGGGCCUGCCACCAGAGCCCCGGGAGAAGAUCAUCUCUGCGCCCCUUCCCCCGGAGGAGCUCACAAAGCUCAUCUACGAGGCCAGCGGGCAGGACAUUAGUAUCGCCGUCCUCACACAGGAGAUUGUGGUCUACUUGGCCAUGUACGUCAGGGCGCAGCCCAGCCUCUUCGUGGAGAUGCUCAGGCUCCGGAUCGGACUCAUCAUCCAGGUGAUGGCCACGGAGCUGGCGCGGAGCCUGAACUGUUCAGGAGAAGAAGCUUCUGAAAGUUUGAUGAACCUCAGCCCUUUUGAUAUGAAAAACCUCCUGCACCAUAUUCUAAGUGGAAAGGAAUUUGGCGUUGAAAGAAGCAUGCGACCUAUCCAUUCCUCUACAUCCAGCCCUGCCAUCUCCAUCCACGAGGUAGGACACACUGGAGUCACCAAAACCGAGAGGAGUGGCAUUAACAGGCUGAGAAGUGAGAUGAAACAGAUGACUAGGCGAUUUAGUACCGACGGACAGCUCUUUUCUGUGAGCCAGGCCGCACCCAGCAGUUCGCAUUGCUCCAAGUCUAUGAGGUCCAGCACCCCGUCCUCGCCCACCGGCACGUCGUCGUCAGACUCAGGCGGGCAUCACAUUGGCUGGGGGGAGCGGCAGGGCCAGUGGCUGCGCAGGAGACGGCUGGACGGCGCCAUCAACCGGGUGCCUGUGGGAUUCUACCAGAAGGUGUGGAAGAUCCUUCAGAAGUGCCAUGGUCUGUCCAUCGAUGGUUAUGUGCUCCCAUCCUCAACCACACGAGAGAUGACUCCACAGGAGAUCAAGUUUGCUGUCCACGUUGAGUCGGUGCUGAACCGUGUGCCCCAGCCCGAGUACCGGCAGCUGCUGGUGGAAGCCAUCAUGGUGCUGACACUGCUCUCAGACACGGAGAUGAACAGCAUCGGGGGCAUCAUCCACGUGGACCAGAUCGUGCAGAUGGCCAACCAGCUGUUCUUGCAGGACCAGAUGUCGAUUGGCGCCAUGGACACCCUGGAGAAAGACCAAGCCACAGGCAUUUGCCACUUCUUUUAUGACAGUGCUCCAAGUGGGGCUUAUGGGACAAUGACCUACCUAAUGAAGGCAGUGGCUUCUCAUUUGCAGGAAUUGCUACCCAAUUCAGGCUGCCAGAUGCAAUAGGCGCUCUGAGUCUGUCACUUGUCCCCUAGCUUCAUUGGGAACUUUCUUCUGUUGCCCAAGAUCCCCUCUGCUGUCACAAAAGCAUGUCCCAUAAGAAACACUGGCAGGGCGGAGAUGGCAGUGAUCUGAAACCUGUAUGUCCAAGACAAAGAAAGAGCUGAGGAAUCCUGUGCCCCCAAGGAGUGGCAUAGGAUCAUUGUCUAGAUCCAUUUUGCUGGAACGUUUUAUAAUAGCAUCUGGUCUUCUGGAGCCUGAGGAGGAAUUGGAAACUGGUCUCUUUUGAGUGCAGUGUGAACUAAAAAGACAGCUUAAAUUGGCUCUCAUAGAGAGUUACCGAAAUAGGUUUGGUGAGCUAAAGCACGUCUUAAAGAUCCUUCCAGUAGCAAUAGCUAGACAGGCAGACCUUGACAAAGAGAACAUCAUAACAGGAUGUAGUCUGUCUGGGGACCAAACUAUUUACCAAAUAGAACAACUCUAUCUUUCUGGGGAA